AUGGCUCUUAGCGAAAAUGGGACGCAAAAUAGUGCCGGCUACAUACCAGCGUCCAGGAUGCCUGGGUACAGCGGACAUGUACCAACUAUUAAGUUCCUGUACGGACAGACGUUUGGAAAUGCCACUUUGAAGUAUUUUCAUGAUUUCCGAUGUGCUGCCAUGGCAUCCUCCACGAGCCCGCACAGUAAAGGCCGGAUAUUUCCAACCACCUUACCAAAUGACCGAACACUCGAGACAGCCCAGAGCCCGGAGACCCGGCACCUCACCUCCUACACCACGCAGUUCCAUCAGACACAAAGAGGGAGUAAUAGGGAGCUCACAAGCCCACAGCAGCCUGUCAAUGCUGUUGUUAGAGAGCUAGAGAGGUCCCUUCAGGAGCCCAUUGGCCUGGAUCCAGCGGAGGCGAGUCAGUCAGGGGGGGUCCGCCGCUACCAGACCCUCCCCUCAGGAAUCAGGACUUCGCUGGAUGAUCGGGUCAUGAGAGAUGUGUUCUUUGAGCGAAGAUAA